CGCCCCUGCGCCCAGGCCUGCCCAGCUAGCAAACGACGCGGCCGAGGCUGACAUUUAUCGAACUGAAGUGUGCCGUGGCCCGUCAGAUCGAAAGGUUCAACGCUUCCUUACGCCGCCGACGCUGCUGGCAUAAUCAGCCUGCUGCAUUGGCUAGCUGCCAAAACUCUGCACGGCUGUGCGCCGAGCACUGGAAGGCUACACCUUUUAAAAAAUGCGCCUCCUCGUCAUCACGCUAGAAUACGACGCCUUCCCCUUCUCCGGCAACGGCGUCUACGCGCAGUCGCUGGUCCGCGGCCUCGAGCAGCAGCCGGAUGUAAUUGUGGACGUCGUCUGCGGGUCGCCCGAGCACGACGAGGAGGCGUGCAACAGCAAGGCGCUCGUCAAGAUCCAGCUGCCGCGCUGGUGCUCCCUCGACGGCGCGUGCUCGCACCGCGAAUUUCGGGACCAGGCCAUCAAGCGGCUCGACGCGCUGUACGAGGGCGGCCACCCGCAGCCGGACCUCGUGCUCUGCGUCGACUGGCACGCGCAGCCCAUCGGGGCGCACCUCCGGUGGCGGCUGGGCGGCCUCGCGAUGGUCUACCUCAACUUCCGCGUCUUCUCGCGCGGCCGGCCGGACGGCUUCCUCGCCUGCCAGGAGUUCCGGAGCGUCGACCAGGCGUGGCUCACGCUGGCGCUGUCCGAGUCGGACGCGGCGCUGCUGCGCGCGUUCAAGGAGGACGCGGACGUCCGCGUGCUGCUCCCGCCGCUGCGGCGCGACCUCGAGGUGCGGGCGCGGGACCGGGCCCCCGAGGAGCGCGACUUCCUCACGUGCGUCGUGCGGCUGUCCGAGGAGAAGGAGCCGGCGCGCUUCGUGCGGCUCGUCGAGCGCCUCGCGAAGAAGGGCGCCUUCGACGAGGGGCUGAUUCCCGUGCUCGUGACGGGCCGCGCGGAGCUCGACGGCCGCGCGGAGCUCGUCGAGCGCUUCCUCGCGACGCACCCGUCGGCCCAGGCCUUCCCCUUCCAGACGCCGGACGGCACCUCGCCCCGUGUGGAGAAUUACUGCAGAGACCUUCGUCAGCCUGAACGCCAUAUCGAGCAGACGUAGGAAUGGAGGCGACCUCUCGUCGAUGGCGUGGAAUCUACACGCCAUCGAGCAGACGUAGGAAUGGAGGCGACCUCGCGUCGAUGGCGUGGAAUCUACACGCCAUCGAGCAGAUGCAGUUACGGGAACGACGUCGCGUCGAUGGCGUCGGUCGUCCCCGCAGGCCUCGCCGCGCUCUACGCGCGGACGCGGCUCAACGUGCACCCGCCGCGCUACGACGCCUUCGGCAUGUCGAUCGUCGAGGCGGCGGCCUUCGGCGCGCCGACGGUCUUCCCGCCGGGCGCGGACGUCGGCGCGAAGCGCAUCCUCUCGUUUCGCGGCGACGACGCCUUCUUCGAGCUGGACCUGGACGGCGACGGCGCGCUCGACCCGCUGCCGCCGGACCUGUCGCGCCCGGCGACGGCCGCGCUCGCGCCGUCGCGGCCGCCGACCGCGGCGUCGCGCCCGGUCUCGGCGGCCUACGGCACGCGGGCGGCCGCCCCGGCGCCCGCGCCCGCUCCGGCGCCCGCUCCGGCGCCCGCACCCGCGCCGGCCCCGGCGCCGGCCCCGGCGCCCGCGCCGUCCGCGCUCGCGCUGACCGGCGACGACGCGGUCAUGGCGCUCCUCGCGGACCGCGGGCGCCUCGCGGCCGUGGGCGAGCUCGCGCGGAAGCGCGCCGGCUUCUGGACCGAGCAGGCGCACGGCCGCGUGCUCCUGGCGGACCACCUGCGGCCCCUCCACGAGGAGUGCGCGCGGUCGAAGGCCGAGCUAGAAGAAAUAGAGAAGGAGGAGGCCAAGGGCGACGCGUGCGCCUACCUCGAGGGCGCCCCGCCCUACGACCCGUCGCCGCCGCCGCCGCCGACGACGGAGGAGGAACUCGCCGCCGAGGACGAGGCCUCCGCGGCGGGCCCGUGCGCCGCCUGCGGCCUUGACCCGCGCGUGCCGCGCUUCAAGGUCGACGCGCCCGAGGCGCCGAGCUGGAGGACGUCGUAAGGUAGGUUUUGUUCGUA